CGUUAACGCUAUGGCGAGCGAUGUUUCAAAAUGUAAACACAGUAAUCAAAGCUACUCUAAGCAAGGCCGCCCUACAAGCAGUCUCCAAUAGUGUCUCAUGUAGUAAAUAUUUUAGAUGCCAGUAAGGCUAUUUUAAACCACGAGGAGAAACGGAAAAAAGGAAAGGGAAAAAGGAUCCAGCACGCUCGCAGAAAUAAGUAAAGAGAGAAAGAAAGUAAAUAACGUGUGGUUACCAAAAAAGUCAUUUAGCCGAGGUGCGAAUCAUAGACGAUUCCCGCUCAUAUAUGUCUGAUGCAAAAAACAGCAGCAUUGCAUCUGUUACGGGUGUCUUACAGGCGUCGGUGAUGAUCUGUCUAGUCUCGUUCAGAAUUGGGUAUUUCUUUGAGUUGUACUAGAACUUAAAGCAUUACAAUUUGCACCUGAUCAAUGGUCAGCUACGACAUCUGGUGCUUCUCUCGUAUAUUACUGCAUCUGUAAUAAAACGCACCACGUGAAAGUUCUCGGUGACUUCGCUCCGCACAGAAGGGAAGAGGAAAUCAAACAUGGCUCACCAGGUUAUUGUGUUUUCGGACAAAGUUUUAUUUCAAACUCCUGAAAAUCAGCGGCCUAAAAUGAAAUGCUGGACACCUACAAACUUGCAUUCACUUAGAGUUGAAGAUUCCUAUAAGAAGUUUGAAACCAUGAUACGGACUGUCCAUCUCAACGAUUUUGUAGAAGUCAUGAAGCAAAGUAAAAUAACCCAAUGCCCCAUGCCAGACAGCACGCACUUGAGGCAUCCCGGGCUAAUGGCAGCCUGGUUCGGAAUGCCUGUUGACGACUGGUAUGGGAAUGUCAACUUUGUGGUAAACUUCAAUGACUUCCUGAGUACUUUCAGCCAUCUUAAGAUAUACUUCGUGGAGGUUGCAGAAUAUCACACUCAGAAUGCAUCGAGACUCUUGUUCUCAAGCAAAGUUCAUGGAUUGAGGGAAUACAACCCUACAAUUCCGGGAGGUCCGUGGUACAUGGAUUCAAACAAUAACCACUUGUUUCUCACACGUGCCAGGGCAUACCAAAGGCGUCAUCCUUGUGUAAAUGGACAUACCCCAGAGUUCAUGCUAGAGUUAAAUGAGUAUGAGGCCAAGAAGCUGUUUCAAAUAUCAGCUAAGCAGGCUGCUGAUCAUUCUCAGGCAAACAACCCAGGGUAUAUGAAAUGUAAGAAAUAUAGGUCAGGGUCAACUUGGUCUUAUUGCCCUUCUCAAAUGACCCCAGAACAGACCAUUCGCAUACUAAAUGAGUGGAAAGCUCUCAGCGGUAUACAGUGGACAUGGGGAUAAGGAAAAUGUCCAUGACGGAAGCAACGGCAAAUGGCUCCUGGCAAAUGAAAACAACACCUUUACCCAUCAGAGAACCAUGGGUCAAAUUUGUGUCAUCGAAAAUGAUUAUUCGACAUGUAUUGUAAAGCCGAUAUUUUAUUCCAUGAUUCUGAUAUAUAUAUAUA